AAAUGAUUGCAAAUUUAAGGUUAUGUUCUAAGUUAGAACGUAUAACCUAUUUGACAUUUUAUUCUUAAUAUAAAUUAUUAAAAUGAAUUCUCUGCUGAGAAUAAUAAGACACGCACCGAAUAUAAAAUCUGCACAAAAUGCGAGUCGUGCCAUAUCUUUGAGUGCACAGCUUAAUUUAAAACAAAUUAAUGAAGUUCAAGAGGGUAAAACAUUGGUUAUCUCUGCCGAUAUUGUCCCAUCACCAAGGGAACCUUAUUUAAUUAAAAAUUCAAAUUCUAAUGUCUGUCCAUUAUGCGCUCUGGGAUUGGAAGUAAAGCACACUGAUGUGCUUAUUUUAAGUCAGUUUGUCAGAUCAGAUGGAUGUAUGUUACCUAAGAGAAUCACAGGACUAUGUAAUAUGCAGCAAAGGAAAGUAUCGAGCUUAGUGACAAUGGCACAAAAAGCAGGUCUAAUGCCUAAUUUGAACCCAGCCAAUAGUAAAAAAGAUCCUUCAAAACGGUAUGGAUGGAAAAAAUUCAACAAAUACUUUGAUGAAAGUACUAUUAAAGUUAGAUAUUAUAAAAAAGCGUGAUUGUUUAUAAGAAAAAAAUAUUAGAUUACAAUUUUUUUUUAAUUCUUAAUUAUAUUUGUUUAAAGUAAUAAAAAUAUAAUAAACUA